AUGAAUACUCUCAAAUUGGCGAGUGGCACCCAGAUGCCAUUAGUUGGCUUUGGGCUCUGGAAAAUCCCAAGAGAAAGUUGCGCGGAUAUUGUUUAUGAUGCUAUUAAAGCCGGUUAUCGCCUGUUUGAUGGUGCCAGUGAUUACGGUAAUGAACGAGAGGCAGGACAGGGAGUGACACGAGCGAUUCAGGAUGGAUUAGUCAGGAGAGAGGAGCUAUUCAUUGUGUCCAAGCUGUGGAACACCUUUCACGAAGCGAGUCAAGUGGAGCAGGUAGCUCGCAAGCAAUUAGCCGACUGGAACGUGGACUAUUUUGAUCUGUACUACAUGCACUUUCCCAUUGCAUUGGAGUAUGUGGCCCCCGAAGUUCGCUAUCCUCCUGGAUGGUUCUUCGAUGGUACCAGCGACCUACGGCCUGGCACCACAAGCAUCCAAGAAACGUGGCAGGCAAUGGAGAAACUGAUUGAUCACGGCCUGGCGAAGGAGCUCGGAAUUGCAAAUUUUUCAGGAUCUCUGGUUUUGGAUCUUUUGCGAUACGCACGGAUUCGACCCGCUGUUUUGCAAAUCGAGCACCAUCCGUACCUCACUCAGACGCAAUUGAUCCAAUUUGCACAGGCCGAGCAGAUCACGGUCACUGCUUUCUCAUCAUUUGGGUCCCAAUCCUAUUUGCCGCUGGACAACCUCAAGGCCAAGACUAUUACGUCUCUUCUCGAUCAUCCGACUAUCGUGGCAAUUGCAGAGAAAAAUGGCCAGGUACCAUCAAAGGUGUUGCUUCGAUGGGCGACACAGCGGGGAGUUGCCGUCAUUCCCAAAAGUACGAACCCCAACAGAAUGGCGCUCAAUUUGCAAUCAAUUGAUUUCGACCUGGAGGAAGAAGAUAUCCAAACGAUCAGUGCGCUGGAUAUAGGGCUGAGAUUCAACGACCCCAUGGAUUUUGUUGGUACCUUCCCGAUAUUUGCCUAA